UCAUCCAGCAGCCUCCACAGCGGAAGUGCUGCGAAACCAGGAACCGCACGAGCAGCCGCGAUCAGCUGGAGGAGCGCCUGGCAAGUACACAGCCGAGCCCGGCCUGACCGGACCGGACCGGACCCGACCCGUAGCGUCGGUCCAGACAUGGGGGGCUCCCAGAGCGUGGACAUUCCGGGAGGAAGUCACGGGUACCACGUCCUCAGAGUGCAGGAGCGUUCCCCCGGCCACUGCGCGGGACUGGAGCCCUACUUCGACUUCAUCAUCUCCGUCUGUGACACCAGAUUGAACAAAGACAACGACACCCUGAAGGAGCUGCUGAAGAUGAACGUGGAGAGGCCCGUGCGGAUGCAGCUCUACAACAGCAAGACGAUGACCGUGCGGGACGCCACCGUCACGCCCAGCAGCGUGUGGGGGGGGCAGGGGCUCCUGGGGGUCAGCAUUCGCUUCUGCAGCUUUGAAGGAGCCAAUGAAAACGUUUGGCACGUUUUGGAGGUGGAGCCAAACUCGCCUGCAGCGCUGGCUGGCUUGAGGGCUAAUACCGACUACAUUAUAGGAGCGGACAUUAGCAUGAGUGAGAACGAUGACCUGUGCUCCCUCAUCGAAGCCCACGAUGGGAAGGAGCUGAAGCUCUACGUCUACAACACAGACACCGACAACUGUCGUGAGGUGCUCAUCACUCCAAACUCGGACUGGGGUGGAGAGGGCAGUCUCGGGUGUGGGAUCGGUUACGGUUACCUGCACAGGAUUCCCACCCUGCCGUCUUCAGAGGGCAACAAGAUCAGUUGUCCUGCACAGACUCCUAAUAAACCUGCGCCUCCGUCUAAAGAUGGGUUCACAGAGGUCCAUCUAUCUGCUGUCGUUCCCACCGUUCCCGUUGCUCCGACUGGAUUAGAGAGAUCCUUCGCUGGCCUGUCAGUCAGCUAUAAUUCAACCACUGCUUAUGCAAGUCACCAGACAGGAGCUCCUGCAGUUCAACUGCAUGGACAAGCACCUUCCUCUCAGAGCCUUCCACUCAGUCCUGCUCCUGCACUACCAGGUGUCAUGCCUUUACAUGGAGGCCUUUUGCCUCUUUCGAAUUUACCGAACCUCAAUAUGACCUUGCCAGACAUGAGCCGAGUGUUUCCGCCUGGAGUUGGAUCACAACACCCAGGUCUGCCACCUCUUAACCUGCCAGUGGUUCCCGGUGUUAUGCUACCUCCAUCUGACUUCCGUCUUCCUCCCAUCACUGCCAACAUACCGCCCGCUGUUACCCAAGGUGUGACAGGUCCCUUCAUCCAAACAGACAGUUCACUGACCAAGAUCCCCAUCCCAUCAUCGGUGGCAACCUCUGAAUCUAUAAUCACAAUGUCUGCAGACUCAUCUUAGCAACCACUUGGGGGUUCCAGACUUGCUCUCAAGUCUGUAGACAACAUAACCAGUCUGUUAGUCGCACUUCAGCCGAUGAAAUGCUCCUACACGCUGCAAGGAUUCUUGUAGAAAGAUCAAUAUCUCUGACAUCACCAGUCGACUCACUUGCAGGCUUUUCCUAAUAGGUGUCAAAAGGAAACUAUUUAGACAGCUAUGGUUCGUUGAUGAACUGUGAAACCAAAACGAACCAAUGUGACAUUUCAGUAACGACCGUGGGGAGAAAAAAAAAUGAGAAACCAGUUACUUGUGUGUGUGGAAAUAUCUAAAGGUUGAGGGGAAGCUGGCUACAAACGUUUACUGUGGGAUCUGCCUUUACUUGCCUGCUGCAAAGCUUUUAAACAAACUUUUAUUUGUACAAAAUGAAUUGUAAAUAGAGGUUACCUUGAUUAAACUGAUGUAUUUUCUUUAAA